UCAAGUAAUUAACAUGGCGAUGCUCGCAGAGCCGAAAUCGAAGCAAAAAUGGAGCAGCGAUCCGCGAAAUACAGCUUGGACCAAUGAUACCAGCCGGUUUGGUUACCAGAUGUUGACUAAAAUGGGAUGGGAGAAUGGAAAAGGACUAGGUGCUAAGGAAGACGGAACUAAAACACAUGUCAAAUCUGUUAAAAGACAGAAUAACUUAGGUCUGGGUGCUGAGAAGUCUCAUGAAGACAACUGGAUAUCACACCAGGUAGCAUUUGAUGAUCUACUAUCUCAGCUGAAUAGUCAUGCAGAAAAUGACAAUGAGGAAAAGUCAGUGAAGAAGGAAAAGAGUCAUGAAAUGGAAAAGAAAGCACGACAGUCACGAAAAAGAGUAUUUUAUAAUCGCUUCAUUCAGAGUAAGGAUUUGUCAUCCAAAUCAGCAGAAGACAUGGCAUGCAUCCUCGGUCAGAGGAGUAAGUCAGCUCCUGGAACUCCUCAAGAACAGUCAGAGGACGAAGAAUCGGACGAGAGUACUGCUUCCUGUCCGCCGCCAUCUUCUCACGGUGUGCAGACUGUAAACUCUGGAAAAAGCAUUCAGGAAUACUUCGAGAUGAAAAUGAAGGAGAUGGAAGCAGCUCGAGAGAGAAAACAGACAGUGGAAGCUAGCGCCACUCGGGAAGAAACAGUUUCAGGACAAGAUCAUGGCGAAGAGGUUGGGGAGUCAGAGCCAAAGAAGAAGAGAAAGAAAGAGAGUAAAAGAAAGCGUAAACAAGCGAUUGAAGAUGGAGAAUUGGUCAAUAACGUAAGAGUUUUGCAUUCCAUCAAUGUGCAAUGUCCGGCUGGAAAGAGAAAGAAAAACGGCGCGGUUGAAAAAACAAAAUCUGGAUCGGAGAGUGAAUGCAAACCCUCGAAGGACAGGACAGAAGAAAAAGGAAAGAAGAAAAAAACAAAAGAAAUUUUUGGCGAGACUUUAGAAGUUGACAACAGCUCUUUGGGGAGGCUGGAUACAGCAGAAGGGGUAAGAGAUAAAAAGAAAAAGUCCACGAAAAGGAGCGAGAAGGGGAUUGUGGGAUCGGAAAACGAAGAUUUGGAAAAGUUGUACGAGGGUGAACGAAGAAGUGACAAGAAAGACGGUAGCUUUAGUGAGGAUAAAUCUUUCAAUGAAACAAUUCCCGAAGUCGAAGAAACAAACGAUAAAGGUAACAAACGAAAGAAGAAGGACAAAGAUAUCGUUAAUAGUUUAGGAACUGUCGAAAGAAUGGAAGACGGGAAGAAGAAAAGGAAAAAGGUUAAAAAAGAAAAAUCUAGGAAAAAGGAAAGGGGUGACCAAAAACACAGAUAAUGCGUGUCUAUUUUAAUUCUUGUGACAAACAAUGAACCGGUAACAAAAGCGUAUUUUUAUGUUCCUUUUAUAUUACUUACGGUACCAACUAUGCACACAAUAAAGCAAUAGUAGUAUACUAUUCAAGAACUUACUUUGCCACACAUCAUUUACAAAUGUGAUUGAGAAGCACACAGCGGCCGGAAGUUAAAAGUUCUCAUUGCUUGUGCCCACCAUACCUUUUUGGUCAGCCCAAUUUGGUUAAAAAUGCUAAAACGACGACCUUACGGUCGAUACAUUGGCUUGAAAGUGUGUUGGAACUAGUUAUUUUCUUUUUCUGGUUGGCUCAAAACCGUCUCUGCUUUAGUUCUCCCACUGUCGUUCGAGAGCGCGCCGUUUUCACGGCUCUAAUUUAUAUGAAUUGCUAAGAACUAAGUACAAUCUUAAGCGAUAUGGAUGAAAAACAUUUUCUGUUGCUGCACCAUUUUUAUGGAAUUUCCUUCCUGAUUAUAUCAGGAACUGUGAAUCUGUAUCAAAUUCUGAGAA